AUGUCAAUUCAAACAAGCGAUCCAAAUGACGUUUCUGAGUCAAUCAAGUCUUUGUCUUUGAUUGCUGCUCAUUCCCAUAUCACAGGUUUAGGUUUAGAUGGGAAUUUACAACCUUUGGAAUCAUCAAAUGGUAUGGUUGGUCAACUUAAAGCUCGUAGAGCUGCAGGUGUUAUUUUAAAGAUGGUACAAAAUGGUACUAUUGCUGGUAGAGCAGUAUUAGUUGCAGGUCCUCCAUCUACAGGUAAAACGGCUUUGGCAAUGGGUCUUUCUAAAUCAUUGGGUAGCAAUGUCCCAUUCACUGCUAUUGCAAGUUCAGAAAUUUUUUCCCUUGAAGUUAGUAAAACUGAAGCUUUAACUCAAGCAUUUAGAAAGUCUAUUGGUAUUAGAAUUAAAGAAGAAACAGAAUUGAUAGAAGGUGAAGUCGUAGAAAUCCAAAUUGACAGAUCUAUUACUGGUGGUCACAAACAAGGUAAAUUAACAAUUAAAACUACUGAUAUGGAAACCAUUUAUGAAUUAGGUAACAAAAUGAUUGAUGGUUUAACCAAGGAAAAAGUCUUAGCAGGUGAUGUCAUUUCUAUUGACAAAGCCAGUGGUAAGAUCACAAAGUUGGGUAGAUCAUUUGCUAGAUCAAGAGAUUACGAUGCCAUGGGUGCUGACACUAAGUUUGUCCAAUGUCCAGAAGGUGAAUUACAGAAAAGAAAGACUGUCGUCCAUACUGUAUCGUUGCAUGAAAUCGAUGUGAUUAAUUCCAGAACACAAGGGUUCUUGGCAUUAUUUACUGGUGAUACUGGUGAAAUUCGUUCUGAAGUCAGAGAUCAAAUCAACACUAAGGUUGCUGAAUGGAAAGAAGAAGGCAAAGCGGAAAUUGUUCCAGGUGUUUUGUUUAUUGAUGAAGUGCAUAUGUUGGAUAUAGAAUGUUUCUCAUUCAUCAACAGGGCUCUAGAAGAUGAAUUUGCACCAAUCGUCAUCAUGGCUACCAACCGUGGUAUUUCCAAGACAAGAGGUACUAAUUAUAAAUCACCACACGGGUUACCAGCAGAUUUGUUGGAUAGAUCUAUCAUCAUUACCACAGGCAGUUAUUCCGAACAAGAGAUCAAGACUAUUUUGGCUAUUCGUGCUCAAGAAGAAGAAGUUGAAGUUGCUGAAGAUGCUAUGGAUCUAUUAACCAAGAUUGGUACUGAAACCAGUCUGCGUUACAGUAGUAAUCUAAUAUCCACUUCUCAGCAAAUAGCUAUAAGGAGGAGCGGUGAUUCUAGCGCCAAGGUUGAAGUUGCCGAUAUCAAGAGAGCAUACUUAUUGUUUUUGGAUAGUGGGAGAUCUGUGAAGUUUUUGCAAGAGAAUAAAUCUCAAUAUAUUGAUGAUGAAGGUAAAGUUGAGAUAUCAACAGGCAGAGGUGAGGAAGAUGUCAUGGACACGACAGAGUAA